AUGGGAUUUGUUGAUGGUUCAGUCAAGAAAUCCACAAGUAAUGCUAUGUAUGCCAAAGCAUGGGACAGGGUCAAUGAUGUUGUACUAGGUUGGCUUCUUGAGAAAAUCUUCAAAAGUGUCUUAUGGUUUAAGACUACUAAAGAGGUUUGGGACAAUCUUGAAGAAAGAUUUGGCUCAACUUCUUCAGCACAACUCUUCUCUGUUGAAGAACAACUUAGCAAGGCCUAUCAAACAAAUGAUAUGACCAUUAAGGAUUUCUUUACAAAAUUGAAGGGGCUAUGGGAUGAAAUUGAUGCCUUGGAUCCGUUACCCAUAUGUUCAUGUACUGCUUGUGAACUUUCACAAAAGACACUAAAAAGUCAGCAAAGAAUAAGGUUAAUUCAAUUCCUCAUGAAGCAGGAUAAACAAACCCAUCAAGAAUUCAACAAAGGAAGCAUAACAGAUUUCCAAGAAGCUCGUGUUGUGUGUAGAACUGAGAAAAGAAAACACCCUAAUGAUGACAGAAAUAAAUCCAGGACUGACUUCAAGAAAAAGAAACCUAACACACAACUUUUCUGUGACCAUUGUAAGAUUCAAGGUCACACUAUUGAUAAAUUCUGGAAAAUUCAUGGAUAUCUAUCCAAUUUUAAGUCCAAAUCAUGGAAGAGGAAUGAUUCAGUCAUGAGUAGGGCAAAUAACACUUCACUUGAGACUAAUGUGCAAGAAACUAUAGCUGAGCCCAAGUUUACUCAGGAACAAUACAAUCAAUUACUGUCUUUGAUCAGUAAGCAUGGUGCAUCAGACCACAUUUGUUUUGAUAAAGAUUUUUUCCAUGAAUUAAAGAAACCACAUGACAAGGAGCACUUCGUUGUUAUAUCUAAUGGUAAAAGAAUCAAGGUUAACACUACAAGAUCUGUCAAACUUGCAAAUGGUUUGACAUUAAAAAAUGUUCUAUAUGCUCUAGGUUUUAAAUUCAAUUUGAUAUCUGUCAAUGAACUUGCUAAAGACAUGAAAUGCAAAGUUUGGUUUUAUGAUAACCAAUGUUUCAUACAGGGGCAUUCAAUGAUGAAGCAUUUGGUUCUUGGUAGAGCUAAGAAUGCUCUCUACUACCUAGACCCUGUUGGCCUAAAUCGAAAUACUGAUGAUAAAGUUAAGCACAAGAGUUUUAGUGCAACUACAAUCAACACUCAAAGCAUACAAGAGCUCAAGAUUUGGCAUCUAAGAUUAGGGCACUUGCCCUUUGAAAAACUUAAAGUUUUGUUUCCUACAAAUAAAGGAACACAUGUAAAAAGUCUCUGUUUUUGUACUAUAUGUCCAAUGGCAAAGCAAACAAGAAAUAGCUUUUCAAGACAUACAAUUGAUAACCGACUUCUAGCACGUUGUUAA